AUGCCUGGUGUUCGUGAGUAUACCCAGUUGCCUAUCAUACUUCCCCGGUCUCGGUCGCUGUCCUAUGCAUGGUACUUACAUUUUUCAGCAUUGGAUGCUUUGAAACAGGUGAAGAAGGGCCUGAAGGGCCUCUUCCGUCGCAAGAAGAAGAAGAACGAGGACCCGGAGAACCCUCCUGCCGCCGAGGCCACUGAUGCCUCCGCUGCUGCUCCCGCUUCUGGCGCCGCCAAGUCGCCUGAGGCUAAGCCCGAGGGCAAGGAGGCGCCCGCUGCUGAAGGAGCUGCCAACCCUCGCUCCGAGGCCCCCGCUCUUACUAUCGUGGAGCCCACCGUCCCCCUGACUGAUGCCACCAGCCAGACGGAGUUCCCUGCUGCUGAGGCUCAGCCUUCCACUAAGGUCGCGCAGCCUGCUGCCACCACUGAUGCCGGCUCUUCCAAGUAA